AGAAAAGGAGAGAGGGAGAGACCAAGAGAGAGGUGCUCUACACAUCAUCCACAGCUGAUACAGACAGUUUCAUCCUCAGACUUUUGCUCAAAGCUACACACAGACUGGACUAAGGGCUCCUACUCCCUCCAGAAGACUAUGGCCUCAACUGUUUUUUUUAAAGGCACAGGCCUCCUGCUCUUCUUACUACUGGGACUGCAGCCAUCGUCAUUUGUUUCAGGACAAAACACAACCUCGAGUUCCAAUACAACGACCGAUGCUACAACCACGGUGGCUGCAACAAUUGUGUUGUCAACUGAGAUGAGGACUGUCUCUGCAACAGCUACGAUGACAGUUACCACAGCUCAAGCUACAAUGUCGUCUGCCAUUUCGUCUACGAAUGCUGCAAUGUCAUCUGCAGGGUUUGCAACUACCUCCAAUUCGUCCAGUGUAGGUUCAGUGACAACAGCCAUGACCUCCACUUCAAGAAGUGUAACCAUUGACAACUCAAGGAAUACAGUGGCGGGUAGUGGAACCACAAGCACGGACAAUACUACCUCAUGGGGCACCAGUGGCAUGACCAUGAUAUCCUGUCGCCAGUUCUCCUGUAACUACUCAGACUGCUACGAUGUGUACAUGAAUAGGACUUCUGUUUCAUGCAACGCUAAUAUCACCUUCUGUGAGCUGAAGAGACAGGAAGACAUGACUUACACCGGUGGCUGCAGUUCCUCCUGCAGGAAUGCCUGUGUCAAUAACACUCAGACCAACUGUACCAUGGGAUGCUGCAACUCCACUGGCUGUCUUCACUCCACCCUGGCCUCCAUGGUUCGCCCAAACACUACAACAGUGACUACAGUGAUGAUGACAACCACCACAACCACAGCAGCAGCCACCACUACAACUGCUAUACCAACCAAUAAACUUAAGAAGUGCCAGAUGUUUCAGUGCACAGAGCAGAACUGUUACAAGACUUGGAUAACCAAAGACCCAAUGCCUUGUCCCCUCAACCAGCCCUACUGUGAGUUGAAAAAGAUGAUAAUUGGUUCAACAACGAUGUGGAUGGGAGGCUGCAAUGCCGACUGCUCAAGAAACACUUGGUGUACGACCACAACCGGUACAUGCCACCAAGAGUGCUGCAACACCUCCAUAACAUCCUGCCUCAAGCUGGAUGGGUCUCUGAACGUUCCUUCUUCUGCCACUAGAGGUCCUCACUUCCCUUUAGCAUUGAUCACUGCUGCUCUGCUGGUUUGUCUGCUCAGCAUUGGUUCUCUGGUUUAAACUGGGUCGUGUUCAGUGGGUACAAGCGGAAGAAAAUGUAUUAAAAGAGGGAGGAAAUACCUUGACUUGUCCCUUGCAAAAUGGUUUAAAACAUUGCCUGUUGUGUGACUUAAUGAACAACCCUGAUGUGUCGACCCACUGAACCAUUGCUUGAAUUUAAACAGUAGUGGUAGUAGUUAGCACGGCAAAACCUGGUUUCCAUUCCACAUGAAUACUAUACUGGUUGUAGGUCUAGCCUACUCUGUUUUUGUUUGUUUGUUUGCUUGUAUAUGAGCGGUAUUGAGAUACUGUAUGUGAGGGCUCAUAUGUGCUUUUGAGAGAUUUAGGUGAUUUAAUAAGUGAUAAUGAUUCCCCUAUGUGAGUCCAAACCAAAUGGCUUUAAAGGGAUUUAUUGAAGAAUAUGACGAUUAAUAUGGCUACAGAAAGCUAUUCAACCAUACCAUUUAUAAAUCAGUACUGUGUAAAACAUAAUACACAGAAGAUAGCUAUUUACGAUCAUAGAUGAGUGACCUAAUGUAUGGUACGGUAAUUCAUUCUGCUUUUUCUUAUUGAGAUUUCUGUAAGAUGAAGUUUACAAUUAUGACAUUUUCAUAAAUAUCUUAUUUUUUUAGGCAGUGAUUUGCAUGAUGACUUCCAUGUUUUCUUAGAGGUUUCACUUGCAAAGACCUAGCCUGGUCUCAGAUCUGGUUGUGCUCUUGCUAACUCAAUUGCUCAUUGACAAACCAAAAAUGCCCAGUACAAGGAGUUGGCAUGAUAGCACAAACAGACUGGCACUCAGGCUAAAGACUUUCUCCAAUACAAAAAGCAAACAUCUUUACAGAUAUAGCAUAAUAACUCAGUUAUUACCUAGUCCUCGCUAGCAUGUGGUGGAAGGACAGAUUGACAAUUUAUGCACUUUUUAAAACAUAUAUAUUGGGUUAUAGAAGGUUUUUGAAAUAUUUGUUACUGACGCAUUGAGGUGUAAUUCAUAUCUGUGAACGUAGUCAUACACUGUACAACUGGAAUAUGUGUUUUACGCCUUUUAUUAUUUAGCUGUACUCAUACUUAUAAUUUACCAUCAUAACAAUGUGGAAAUUGAUUCAUAAAAAUGGGUUAUAAAAUUGAGUUAUCAAAAUGUCUAAGCGUAUAUUUUUUUGCAGUAGUUUCAUGGAAGGUUGACAUACAACACCUGAAAUGUCAUAUCUAAUAUUUGGAGAAAAGUCACUAAAAUAAAUGUGUCGUGUUGGAUGCGUUCUACAUUGUGCAUAGUGUACAAACUGUAACAACUGCUUUUAAAGUCAUAUGAAUUAAAUAAAUCAAAUCAAAUGUAUUUAUAUAGC